UCCGGCGAAAGCAAGAAAAGCAGAAUCCACCCACCGAAACGUCACUUUCAUUCAUUUGGUGUGAGAUCGCUUGCGGCCGACAUCCGAAUUUUUCAAUUAUCUACGCCGGUCCGAAUAAUACCGCUCGAAAAUGACUGCCUGGAGAGCCGCUGGUUUGAACUACAUCAACUACUCCAACAUUGCCGCUCGUCUGGUGCGUAAAGCCCUGAAGCCGGAGCAGCGAGCCCAGGCCGUCCGACGAGACGAGUCGCACAUCAAGUUCACCAAAUGGGUCAAUGGCAAGCCAGAAAAUGAAAAGCUAUAAUUUCCUAUCUUUUGGGAUAACGUCUAACAAGUAGGGAUUAGGUUGCUGCUGAAGUUUAAAUUCGGAAGUAAGUUAUCUGUAUUUGAUUGGAUUCAGUGUUAAUAAAAAGUCAAGAUUCUCCGAUGAGGAAAAGGUAAAUUUUAA